CUGAUUUCAGUCCAAGACACGAGUGGCGAAUGCAUAGGAUGAGUCAAUGUGCUGGGGUUGGAAUCACAUUAUUCUCUGAUAAGGAAACCCUGUUAGUAUCCUAUUGGAUGCUCUGAUUUCUCAAAGCAUAGAGAAACUUUGCCCAGUGCUUCCUUAGACAUCCAGCAGUCAAAAGAACAACAUGCAAUGCUCUUUAUGUUUCGCAAAAUGGCAGGAUUGCCAUUGACACUGGGAGCUUCCAUAGGCUUCUUUAUUGCUUACUUCAUGGUUCACACAUUUUGGGAACUAAAACCACAUCUACCAUUAGCUAUUCGUUCAAGUCAUAAUAGUGAACACAUGCCAGCGGAUGGAAUCUCCCAUUUUCAUCUUCCAGAAGAUACCAGUGCAAGCGAGGAACUCUACAGUAAGGUCAGAGUGCUUUGUUGGAUCAUGACUGGACCAUCAAACCUACAGACCAAAGCAAUUCAUGUGAAGAAUACAUGGACCCGUCACUGCAAUGUAGCACUAUUCAUGAGCUCCGUCACCGAUAAAGAAUUCCCUACAAUUGGCCUUGGAACUGGGGAAGGCAGAGACAAACUUUACUGGAAAACAAUACGUGCCUUCCAUUAUGCACACAAGUACUACCUGAAUGAGACAGACUGGUUCCUCAAGGCAGAUGAUGAUUCAUAUGCAAUAGUGGACAAUUUGCGAUGGAUGCUUUCAAAUUAUACCCCUGACCAGCCCAUUUACUUUGGGAAGCGCUUCAAACCUUUUUUCAAGCAGGGCUACAUGAGUGGAGGAGCUGGCUAUGUUCUUAGCAGGGAAGCCCUUAUUCGCUUUGUAGAAGGUUUCCGUACUGGUAUCUGCACACACACAACCCCAAAAGAAGAUGUUGCAAUGGGUAACUGCAUGCAGCUAAUGGGAGUGACAGCUGGGGACUCAAGGGACACGGAGAAAAGAGAGACUUUCAAUCCAUUUUCCCCUGAAAGCCACCUUACUGUGAAAUAUAGUGAGCAUAAGGAAAACUGGUACUGGAGCUACAGUUUCUAUCCUAUUGUGGAGGGCCCCCAGUGCUGCUCAGAUCUGGCCAUAUCCUAUCAUUACAUUUAUCCUGAACUCAUGUACACUUUGGAAUAUUUUACAUACCAUUUCCGGCCAUAUGGAUACCAAUAUCGUUACCAGCCGCCGUUACCAGAGAAUGCGCACAACCUCCCUGUUCAUGUUCAGAAUGAAGCUAUAAAACCUAAUGGAACCAUAGCUGACUUUCAUAACACGCCUUGAAUUCCAGAGACUUAAUGGGAAUUUAGACCUACUGUAGUAUGAUGUAGAACAAAGCAUCCUGUGAUAUUUUAUAUUUUGUUUUCACACUUUUUAUGGUUUACUAUGUAUCAUUUUUGGUCUGCAAUAAAACCUAGAUGCACACAA